GCGGCUGCAGCGGCGGCCCGGACUGGAGGAAGUGUGCAGGGGGGAUGAGCAGCAGAACAGCAGCAGAUCAGGAACCGAACUCAGGCUUCCAUUUUAUCACCGACACCCUCUGAAAGGGAGAGGAUUGGGUCCAGCUGAUCACAUUCCAGCAGAAGAAAAUGAGCCUUUCAGCCUGCACUAAGCCUGUUUGACGGGCUGAGGGCUCUCUGGCCAGGACUUUACCCACUACUCUUUCUGCAGCUUCGACUGACAAAGGGACAGAACCGAAGUGCUUGCUUUCCGUUCUAAAAGGAAGAUCCAAGAUUCAAGAUGGAGGAGGGAUAUGAACUCGACCUGACUUACAUCACAGAGCGAAUCAUUGCUGUGUCCUUCCCCCGGGGCUGCACAGAGGAGAUCUACUCUCACAAUCUGAAGGAUGUCACUCGAAUGCUCAAGUCCAAGCAUGCCGAUAAUUACCUGAUUAUCAACCUGUCAGAGAAAAGACAUGAUCUCACUAGAAUGAACCCCAAGACUCUGGAUACAGGCUGGCCUGACAUGCACGCUCCACCCCUGGAUAAGAUCUGCACCAUCUGUAAGGCCAUGGAGAGCUGGCUCAAUGCUGACCCCCUUCAUGUGGUGGUUAUACACUGCAGGGGCGGCAAGGGUCGAAUUGGUGUUGUCAUCUCAUCCUUUGUGCAUUUCACCGACAUAUCAGCCAGUGCUGAUCAGGCGUUGGACCGCUUUGCGAUGAGGAAAUACUACGAUGAUAAGGUCUCAGCUUUGAUGACACCCUCGCAGAAACGGUAUGUUUGGAUCCUCAACAGUCUUCUAAGUGGAUCCAUGAAGAUCAACGCCUCACCCUUGUUCCUGCACUGCGUCAUUCUACACGGGAUCCCAAACUUCGACGCCACUGGAGUGUGUCGUCCAUACAUCAAGGUUUACCAGGGAAUGCAAGCAGUGUAUUCAUCUGGAAUCUAUCACAUUGGUCCGGGCCACAGAGACCGUGUAUGCAUCACCCUGGAGCCUGCCCAGCUUCUAAAAGGAGACAUUAUGAUUAAAUGCUAUCACAAGAGUGAUAUAACGUCAGAACGUGAAGUUAUUUUCCGGAUGCAGUUCCACACGGGAGCAGUGCAGGGCUACAACCUGAUGUUUGAAAAAGAGGACAUGGAGACUGCCAACAAAGAUCCCAGAUUUGCAGAUUAUGGUAAAGUAGAGCUGGUGUUCUCGGAGGGACCAGAGAAAAUCCAAGGUGCCGACAGGUGGCAGAAUGGGGCGGAUGUUAUUGUGGACUACAACACAGCAGAUCCUCUAAUCCGCUGGGACUCCUACCAGAACAUCUGUGAUGUUGAAGCACCACGCUCUCAAGGCCUAACCCAGGACAAGGCGGCUAACAAGAGGAACCCUAGCGGAGGAGAGGCGACGCUGGGCAGAGGGGCCCGCACGACCUCCGCCACAUCCAGCCCAGACCACAGCGACCACGCCCUCUCUGUCAGCAGUGACUCAGGCCUGUCUAGCACUUCUCUGUGGGCGGACAGACCCACACCUGUACCUGCCAAUACCAACACCAACACCAUAAGGCCUAACCAGGGCCCCAGCCAGCAGGAAAGGGUCCAGCUAAAGCGCCUUUUGAGCGGCUUUGGUCUCGAGGACACCUCACUGGAGGAGAUGGGUGAUCAAGGCCCCAGAGUGGCCAUCCAGCAGAUAGUCCCAGCCCAGGUGCACAUAAACGGAGACACCAGACCCCGAGAGAGGGAAACGGACAUCCUGGAUGAUGAGGUCAUUACAGGUCACGAUCUGCACAGUGUGGACAGUUUAGGGACCUUGUCGUCCUCCUGCCACAAGAGCAGCCAGAACUCCCUGCUGUCAGAUGGCUUCGGGAGUCCUGGAGGAGAGGAGCAGCAAAACCAAAUCCAGCACCACCUCCACCACCCUGCCCCCCCUCACAUGGAGGAAUAUGAGAGAGCCUAUGCUGAGACUAAAAGGGGCUGUCUGAGCACCAGGAGCAACUCUGUGGCCUCCGCUAAUCCCAGCAGUGCUCCCAUGCCCAAGCAGCAUGUCUACAGACAGGGAAGCUAUUCCACACAGUCCUGGGUUCGCCAGCAGCAGAUGGUUGCUGCACAACAAUUUAUCUACAUGCCUGAGAAUGGAAACGAUACGGAAAGAUACCAAGGGAACAAGCAAGGGAGCAGUUUACCCAAAGCUAGCCUGCCAACUGAAAAACAGGGCCCUACCAGGGACAUGGCAACAGAUGCUCUGAGAAACAGUGUGCCACACAAGGAGCAAGCUACGAUGAACAAUAAUAACAACAACAAACGGGACGAGGAAUUCAAAUCUCUAACGAUAGACAUUGACAACUCCAUCGACCAGCUCAACCAGCUGAUCAUGGACCUGGAUCCCACAUUUCUGCCGAAAUCGAACAAUGGAGGCUCCAUAAAGAGGAACGGUGGGACGCCAGCAAGCGGCUCCGUGUCCAAAUUGUCGAACGGUAUCAAUCUCAGACUCAACGAUAAUACCACAGCAACUGUGAAAAACACACAGCAGACAGGUAAGACAGUCAGACAGUCUGGUCCAGUGAGGGGCCGGGGGGGCGUCACGCGCAGUCUGAGUCGCCAAGGAAGUGAUGUCACGGAUCACCCAGUGUUCUGUAACUCGGGCUGGGGUGUAACAGAGGAGUACCGGGGCCAGCGGACGUACUCACCCUGUGUGCCACCAUCCCAGCACUCCAUGUUGUACAGGUCUGACAGUGCUGACUACAGGGCCCAGGUCCCAGACAUGGACAGCGGGGUAGAGGCAGGAAGUGACAUGACUCCACCCACUCCUGCAUUCCCUAUCUCUCCGCCAACACCUUAUGUGAAAAGUAUGUCAGAAUUUAACCAUCUCAGGCAAACACCGUCUCCUAGCAUGCAGUCGUAUGGAGGCUACAGAACAGAAAACGAACCCCGGGGAUACCCAGAGAUGAUCAGUCAUGUUGGAGUGGACAGUUUAACGGACCCCUCCAUCAACUGCCACAGGACGCUAAGUGCUACACACUCUGCCUCUAUUGUUGGGACCAGCCUUCAGUGGACAGACAGUUCAUCCACGAACCAAUCCUGGCCAGAGCAUCCCGUCCUGAGCCGCCACUCGUCUCUGAGCAGCUACCCAGUUAACAGACAACCACCGCUGCACGCCAUGUCACUGGACUAUGGUCACCACUCUCCCCCCCUGCACCACCCCCACAUCCACCCCGCCCCCAACGCCCACAGCUCUCCUCGAAGCAUCCAGAGAAGCCGAAUGGCUCGCUAUGCUCACAGCCGCAGUCCAGCUCAAAGCUUUGACGAGCACGAUGACUUGGCUCUCGGGUAUGUCACGGACUGUCCAAACACCACCUCCAGUCUGCUUGGAAAUGGAAGCAUGGAUAUGGAAAUGUUGACCUCCAUGGAUGGGCAAAAUCUGUUACAGCUGCCCCAGAUCCAGCCUCCUCUUCUGCCUGAGAAGAAGAGGGUGUCAGAUGGGGAGCAUUCGCUAGGGACUGCUUCUCCAGCCCUCAGUGGGUUCUCGAGUCCCCACAGUGGGAGCUCCCUGAGUAUUCCCUUCCCAAACGUUUUGCCUGAACUCGCUGCUCAGACGCUGGGCACAUCCUCACCUCUGCCAGAUGUACUGGCCAGCAAGCAGGUUACUGUAAAAUUUGUGCAGGACACAUCAAAAUUCUGGUACAAGCCAGAUAUCUCAAGGGAUCAAGCCAUUUCAGUCUUGAAGGACAAGGAGCCUGGUUGCUUCAUUGUCCGGGACAGCCAUUCCUUCAGAGGGGCUUAUGGACUGGCAAUGAAGGUUGCUACCCCCCCACCCUCAGUUCUCCAACAGACCAAGAAAGGAGGCGAUCUAUCCAGUGAAUUAGUACGCCACUUCCUGAUUGAGUGUACACAGAAAGGUGUGCGGCUGAAGGGUUGCCCCAAUGAGCCCUAUUUUGGAAGCUUAACCGCGCUAGUCUGCCAACAUUCAAUCACCCCCUUGGCCCUUCCCUGCAAACUUAUCAUACCUGACAGAGAUCCGCUUGAAGAUGUUGUGGAGACUAGCUCACAAUCUGUCACCAACUCUGCGGCUGAGCUGCUUAAACAGGGUGCAGCCUGUAAUGUGUGGUACCUUGGCUCCGUGGAGAUGGAGUCACUAACAGGCGUCCAGGCGGUGCAGAAAGCCACCAGUAUGUCCCUGAGCUCCAACCCUCCACCAACCUCCACUGUCGUUCACUUCAAGGUGUCUUCACAGGGAAUCACCCUCACUGACAACCAGAGGAAGCUGUUCUUCAGGAGGCAUUACAAUGUGAAUACUGUCAUAUUUUGUGCUUUGGACCCUCAAGAUAGAAAGUGGAAAAAAGAUGGCUGCACUUCAGCAAAGGUUUUUGGCUUUGUGGCGAGGAAAUCUGGCACUUCCAUGGACAAUGUGUGUCACCUGUUUGCAGAGCAUGACCCUGAGCAACCAGCAAGCGCCAUCGUCAACUUUGUAUCCAAAGUGAUGAUUGGCUCGCAGAAGAGUAAGUAGGACUGCUUCGGACCAAGCUGAUCACUUAGACAUACUUUUACUAAGAGUGGAAACAAGAAAGACUGAAUGGCUGAACAUAGGGACAAAAUGUAAAGGUCUGAGGGAUUUUAACUGGAUAUUAGAUACAUAUUGGUUACCUUCAAGCACCAGGACAUUUAAUAACAUAUUUCAAAUACAAAUCCAUUCUAUGGUUAUUUUGCAUUCCUGUACAAUGAACUGUAAAUUAGAAAACAACUAAAUCAUAAGAAAUGUCUAUCCAUUACAACUGUGCGAUACAGUUAGAUAUAUUUUCUUAACAUAUUUUAAGGACAUAACGCACAUUCCACAAAGGCUGCCUCUGUUAUUUGUGCAUCACCUUUUUUAUGGACAGAUCAAGAAAACCGUACCUUGUUGCAUGUAUUUUUGUUUUUUAAUAUUUAACCAAAACAAACUUCAUUUAAGCUAUUAACAUUCUCUUUGCCGCAUCAGUCCAGCAUGCAGUAUUGUGUUGUGUAGAGUUUAAAAUGUGGAAAAGCAGUGCAGCAAAAAAGGAAUCAUUUAGAUUUGGGACAGGCUAUGUCUCAUACAGGAUGAACCUUUUUAUCUAUGCAAUGUUGAUUUUAAUUUUUUAACCUCAGCCUUCUGUACAUGCACAGCAUGUAUGUGGCUUCUCUGAAUCUGUUAAAUAGCUGUCUUCGUAGGAUGUAUGUGAAUAUGACCACUUUUAAAGCUGUCUACUACAUUUUUAUGAACGUGUGUUUGUUUUGAAACGAGAGAAACCAUAGAAAAUAUUUUAAUUAAACCCUAAUAUAUAUUGAUUUGAUAUAAGUUGGUUGAAAACUCAUCAGUACUCUGCAUAGACGAUAGUAUGAGUGGCAUUCCACACACAGCUGCCAAUUGUUUUACUUUUUUUCGCUCAUGGCCAGUAACAGCACUGCAGUGUUUCAGUAUCCCUGAUUUCUGUACAAUACAACCUUUGAACCUAUACACAAAUGCAUAUGCUAUACAGGGCAAACAAAUGCUGCAAUUGUCUGUGUGGGAUUUUACAGUUUCUUAAAAUAAAGAAAAGAUCUUGGUUAGAAAUUCACAAAUCAAUUUAGGAUUUGACCAUUGUCAGCGACAUUACACAAUAUAUUUGCUCUGGGACCAAGAAGAUGAAGCUUGGCUAAAGCCUUUUAUUUUACUAGUUGAAAGCUUGUUGACAUUGUGUUGAGAUGUGAUGAUGACCAUACAACUUUAUUCCUUUCAACUUUUUGUGUUUGGAAGCCAUUUUAUCGAAAGAGGGACCUACGGCCAAAAUAAAGCUCUGUUGGUGUUCCUUCAUUGUUUAUGUACACAUUUGUAAUCUUGUUAUCUAUUAUCUGUACCUCAUACUUAUUUCAUUCGAUACUGUGCCUCUGUGUUUAACAUGCUAAUUGUGAACGGUUUAUUUGUAUAUUGAAAAUGCAUUGUUUUUUGUGUUCUGUAAAUAAACAAAAUUAAACACGUA